AGAAGUUCUCCCGUGACCUGGAGUUGCUCCGCUGGGACUUUAUGGAGUCCCAGGAGGAGGAGGCUCAGGGUGGAGCGCUGGUCUACAUCGAGUCCCUGCACGUCUCUCCACUCAAGCUGCAUCUGUCUCUGUCUCUGACCGCUGGCUCUGAGGAGAGGAAGAGUGGAGGAGGUGGAGGUGGAGGAGGUGGAGGAGGUGGUGGAGGAGGUGGAGGAGGUGGUGGAGGAGGUGGAGGAGGUGGUGGAGGAGGUGGAGGAGGUGGAGGAGGUGGAGGAGGAGGGGGAGCUGAACUUCCCAUCGAGAGCUUGAACAUUCUCCUGCAGAACAUCGGAGCGACGCUCACAGACACCCACGGCCUGGUGUUCAAGAUGGCGUAUUUCCAAGUGAGCUACGAGUUCUCAACGCUGCAGAAACUUCUCACUGACGCCACAAAACACUACACCAACCAGUUCAUCAGGCAGGCGUACGUGCUGCUGCUGGGUCUAGGGAGUUGA